CAACUGUACUUUGGAUUUGACGACGUAGAGCGUUAAUCACAUACUUUGCUACAAGUAACCUCUGUGUCGCUAACCGGAACGUCAACUCCACUAUACCAGUUCAUCUCAAUACUAUUUAGAAGUUCGGUGGCAAAGUGUAUUGGUGACGUCCGGAAAUUUCAGCGCGAGGACCAAGUCAGGAUGAUUUCUAUCAAAGCACUGGCAUUCAUGCCUCAAACCAUGCCACAGGAGAGGAAAGUCAACCUAAAGAUAUUUCUUGAUGAUAAUGCCAGGCCAACGGAAAGAGAGGAGGAUUUGAUUUUGAAAAUGCGGAGAAGAGGACUGAAAAUCGUUGGAAGAAAAGAUUACAUCUCGGUUCAAAGUGGCUCAAGAAUAGCCAUGCAAUACAACUUGAUUGGUCCAAAGGAAUUUACAAAGGUGAAGCAAAAUAUAUCCAUUAAGGAAUUUCCUAAAUGGACGAAAAACUCCCUAUAUUACGUAAAGCAAGACGAAGAUUACCACAUGGAAGGGGAGAUUGAAGUACUCCAGGCUGGCAAGUUUGUUACAUCGUUUGAAGUCAAGGCAAUUUUAACACAUGACGCAUUCGAUUACUCCGGGCAUGAUGAGUUUGAUGCUGUAGAAGUUGUAACCUCCAGUGAAUCGGAAUAUGAUUCAGAAGUAUAUGAUUAUGAGGAGGACACGCCUGAAGAAGUAGAACCAGACAUUGACGAGGAGCCCGUCGUAGACGCAAAGGAGGAAGAGGCGGGGGUAGAACCAACCAUUCGAAUAUCUAAACCCUAUGCAGAAUCCAAUGGCGUUAUUGGAAAGGCAGGAGGAGUUCUUGAGCUCAAAGGAUGCUCUGCUACUAUAACAAUCCCUAGGGACGCACUGGAGAAAGACGUUCAUAUUAAGAUUGAGCUGAUUCCAAACCUGAUCAAGAAUGAUGUUCACCGAGACAAAGAAGCUACUCUGUGCCACGCCUUCCGAUGCUCCCCGCCUGGAUACAAACUGAAGAAGCCAAUGACAAUAUCAUGUGAGCACUGUGCCAGAAUUGCCCCAUCAGUGAAAUCGGGGGACACCCCCAUCAUACUUUACUCUUCCAAAGAAAAUACAGAUAUCGACGACGAGAUCAUGAGAGAACUGGCUGGAUCGAUCGAGACUGAUCAGCAAAUCGAGUCCUUGGGUCGAGCACUUGGGUUUUCCGCUGCGGAUAUCAACAGGUUUCUGGACUCAAACAGGGUGGGAUCCCGGACAACUUUCAAGGGCACGAGCGAUAUGCUGUUUGAUUGUAAGCAGAAGGUUGGUGCAGGUCAGCAGCGUCCGAGGCUGAGGGAAGCAAUGAAAAAGGCUGGCCUCGUCAUGCUGGCAGAAACGCACUUAGGAAUGGCCAAACCAAACGAAGCUCUAUCGCACAGCCUGCUUGCAGACCUUGCAGGGUCUCUGUGGUCUGAUGAAGUCGUGGAAGACUUGGGUCGGGCUCUCGGGUGCUCAGUUGCAGAGUUGAACCGAUACACUGCCACGAAUAACAGAGGGGAACAGGUUACGUUCAGAGGCACCCAGGAUAUGCUACUGGACUGGAGACAGAAGGUGCCCCCAGGAGAUCAGAUUCGAAAGCUGAAGGAAGCGCUCGACGAAGCAAACCUUGCAGAACUUGGCGAAACCUAUCUGACCGGAAACGUAGAGGUUGAACAACAAGAGCUCAGGGCGCCAGAAUGCAGAAUUGACGACAAGACCAUAGAGUUUGAUGUUGACGAGUUAAGUACGUAUGAAGUCCGAGUUCCAACUGAGAGUCUGAACGGAAAGGUGGUUGGCUACCUUGCCUUUCACCCAAUCACCAUGCCUAAGAAACGAAAGCCAGUUCUAAUUUCAUAAUCUACGACAACGUACAAGGACGCAAAAAGGGAUUGUGCGAUGAAAUGGAGAUGAUGGGUCGAGUCACCAGAGACGUUGAGCGGUUGUUUGUAAUUGAUUCUGCUAUUCAGAAUGGUCUCGACGUUUCGUGCUCAUUGGAUGAAACAGAAGAGAUCGUGACAGAGACCCUCGACUUGCUGGAUCUGAAUCUCGGCCAAAACAUCCUGGACUUUGACUUGGAUUUUACAGACCUCUCAAUAAAUGAAGGAAAUGUGAAAAUAACGAUUUCACAUGGGAAAAGACGCCGGAAUAGCAUAUUUGUCGUCGACAUGAAAGGCUAGGCAGAAAAAUCAAGAUCAACAGCAGGGGAGAACGAAUGAUAUCGGUCCCAUCCUCAUCAUGACGUCACAAUUUUAACCACCUUAUUGUCAUCCAUCAGCUUGAUCAGAGGGCACACAGGAUAAUUCCGCGGACACACCAUAAUACCCCUUUCACGCUGCCCUCUUCAUUUUUCACCGGCGAACUUCUCCGCCUCGCAUUCCUCACUUCACCGGC